AUGGUUCACUUCUCUACUGCAGCAUUGGUACUGGUGGCCAGUGUUCUCCCACAAUUAUCGCAAGCUUCAGGACUUGACACGGCUGCUGUUGCAGCUGGGAAGGUGUAUUUCGGAACAGCCACCGACAACCCCGAGCUCACAGAUACUGCCUAUGUUGCGCAGCUGAGUAACACCAACGACUUCGGGCAAAUCACGCCCGGGAACUCUCAGAAGUGGGAUGCAACUGAACCACAACAAAAUACCUUCACAUAUACUCAAGGGGAUGUGAUUGCCGAUCUGGCUAAAGCCAACGGCCAGAAACUAAGAUGUCACAACCUGGUCUGGCACAGUCAGUUACCUAGCUGGGUGACUAGCGGGACGUGGACAAAUACAACUCUGAUCGCAGUCAUGAAGAAUCAUAUCACCAACUUGGUCACCCACUACAAAGGACAAUGUUACGCAUGGGACGUUGUUAACGAAGGUCUCAACGAGGACGGUACCUACCGUGAGAGUGUGUGGUAUGAGACCAUCGGCGAAGCCUACAUCCCCAUUGCAUUCGCCGCAGCCGCAGCCGCAGAUCCCAAUGUCAAAUUGUACUAUAACGAUUACAAUAUUGAAUAUUCGGGGUCAAAAGCGACGGCUGCUCGAAACAUUGUCAAAUUGGUCCAGUCAUACGGUGUCAAAAUCGACGGCGUCGGUCUGCAGUCCCACUUCAUCGUCGGUAGCACCCCAAGCAAGAGCGCUCAGGCCGCCAACUUGGCUGCUUUUACUGCCUUGGCUGUCGAUGUGGCUAUCACCGAGUUGGAUAUUCGUAUGACUCUGCCAUCGACAGCUGCUCUCCUCUCACAGCAGUCUACAGACUACGCUAGCACUGUCGGUGCCUGCAUGGAGACAGAUGGUUGUGUCGGUAUCACCAUCUGGGAUUGGACGGAUAAAAACUCCUGGGUACCAAAUACCUUCCCUGGACAAGGUGCUGCAUGCCCCUGGGAUGAUAAUCUGGUGAAGAAGCCUGCCUAUACUGGUAUUUUGACUGCUCUGGGUGAUACUGCAUCAGCAACUAGUACUACGACCACUACGAGCUCCACUACAACAACAAGCUCCAGCUCCAGUGGCUCGACGAGUGUUGCCGCACAUUGGGGCCAGUGUGGUGGUCUGAGUUGGACUGGGCCAACCGCAUGUGCUAGUGGAUACACUUGCACAUAUACCAAUCCCUAUUACUCUCAGUGUUUGUAA